AUGGAAUUUAACAAUGGUAUUGAAUUUGGUGAAACCAACAAAUUUUCUGAAGAAGAAGAUUUGAGAACUUUGAGUGUUGAUCACUUGAUGAAUCGGUUAGAAAAAAGUUUGUCAGUGUCAGUUGAUAAAGUAGAAAAAAUGUUGAACAAAAAACUUGAGGCUAGUGACUUAAUUCGGUUGUGUCACAUUGGAAUAGAGCUAGCAAAUGCCCAGUGUAGAAGCAGCAAGAGACGGAUGUCAGCUGGAAGUGACGAAAACUCUCCUAAUAAAAAGAAUUCAAAGGGAAUCAAAGUCAAAACCCCGAUACAUAGUUCAAUUCCAACUGAUCUAAAGAGAAGAAUAACCGAAAUGGAUUAUUCGUCACAUACAGGUCCACCAACAGAAAUAGAUGACAACAAGAAAAGAUGGCUUGUGAUCGGAAUCUGUUUGCACAGUAUUUUGUCGCCUGCUUUACGAAAAUAUGUGGAGCCUGUUGUUACCAACUUUUACAACUCGCUUAGGCUCUCUCAUCAGAUUGACAAACAAAAUUUCAUAGGACAUCUAAAAAUUUAUGGCGCAGUAGAUAUCAAAUACCUCAAUUAUAAGGCAAUCAACAAUAACAAAAAGACUUUUGGUAAUCGAACACCCCAUUAUGAUUACAAGGUACAGAAUGCUGUGGAUUUGGCAAAGUUAUUCCUGGAGAUCAAUAUGGCACAUUACAAAAGAUUCGACGAGUCAUGUGAUGCAUCGGCUUUGCUUGGAUUAAUAGUUAAUAUAGACAAGUUUCCUGGAAACAUACAGAGUGCUACAGAAUAUGUCAGAUCAGAAAUAAGAAAUCGAUGGGCUCACUGCAACUUUACAGAGUGGAAUUCUGGAAUGUACAACAAGUCACUACAGAAAAUCGAAGAUUUCAUUAAUCUGCUUCCUUUGAAUGCAACAGAAAAAAAUCAAACCAUAGGGGAAUUGAACAAAUGGAAGACCAAUGGUGAUUACAUGUACUUUAGAUGA